AGGAAGAAAUCAGAGAGACGGCGAGGGGAAGUAGAGGUGGCGCCCAGCCCCACGGUCUCCCAGGGAGAGCCGGUGUCUGGCCGCUGGCCUCAGCGGAACUCUACAAGCCACGCUGGCUGCUCAUGGAGCCGAGGACUCGCGCGGAGACGGGAUGCUCCCGGCCGCCGAGAUCGGCAAGGUGCCGGCAGCCCCGUGCUGCUCUGAAAGUGGUAACGAAAGGAAGGACGUCGAGGAGAAAAAUGACAUAAAUAUUGCAGCUCUUUUUGGAAAUGAACAAGUCAGUGAAGAUACAGAUAAUGGUGAUCUCACUUCCUACGUGUCUGCAUUUAUAGAAAAAGAAGUUGGAAAUGACCUUAAAUCUUUAAAGAAACUUGAUAAACUCAUAGAACAGAUGACAGAAAAUAAAAUGCAGUUAGAAGAACAGGUACUUACAAUUUCAUCAGAAAUCCCUAAAAGAAUUCAGAGUGCCUUAAAAAAUGCAGAAGAAUCAAAGCAAUUUCUGAAUCAGUUUCUGGAGCAAGAAACUCAUCUCUUCAGUUCCAUUAACAGCCAUUUGCUGACCGCACAGCCCUGGAUGGAAGAUCUGGGGGCCAUGAUUAACCAAAUUGAAGAGAUUGAGCGCCAUCUUGCUUACCUUAAAUGGAUUUCACAAAUUGAAGAACUAAGUGAUAACAUUCAGCAAUAUCUGAUGACCAAUAACGUCCCAGAGGCAGCCUCUACUCUGGUGUCUAUGGUGGAACUUGACAUCAAGCUUCAGGAAUCAUCUUGUGCUCAUCUUCUUGCUUUCAUGAGAGCCACUGUUAAAUUCUGGCAUAAGAUCCUCAAGGACAAACUUACAAGUGAUUUUGAGGAAGUUUUAGCCCAGCUUCACUGGCCAUUCAUCACACCCCCCCAGUCUCAGACUGUUGGCUUGAGUCGCCCAGCAGGUGCCCCUGAGAUAUACAGUAACCUGGAGACACUGUUUUGCCAGCUUCUGAAACUGCAAACCUCAGAUGAAUUACUUACUGAGCCAAAACAACUUCCAGAAAAAUACUGUCUUCCUGCAUCCCCGUCUGUCAUCCUGCCCAUCCAGAUUAUGCUGACUCCCCUUCAGAAAAGGUUCAGGUAUCACUUCCGAGGGAACCGACAGACUAAUGUUAUAAGCAAGCCUGAAUGGUACUUGGCUCAGGUACUUAUGUGGAUUGGGAAUCACACUCAGUUUCUGGAUGAGAAGAUUCAGCCAAUAUUAGACAAAGUAGGCCCUUCGGUAAAUGCAAGGCUUGAAUUUUCCCGGGGCCUCAUGAUGCUCGUUCUUGAGAAGUUAGCUGCAGACAUCCCAUGUCUGCUCUAUGAUGACAAUCUCUUCUGUCAUCUGGUGGAUGAGGUGCUUUUGUUCGAAAGGGAGCUGCACAGUCUUUAUGGCUAUCCCAGCACUUUUGCCAACUGUAUGCAUAUUCUGUCAGAGGACACCUGUUUUCAGAGGUGGUUGACUGUGGAGAGAAAAUUUGCUCUUCAAAAAAUGGACUCAAUGCUUUCAUCAGAAGCUGCUUGGAUAUCCCAAUAUAAGGAUAUCACUGAUGUGGACGAGAUGAAAGUUCCAGACUGUGCAGAAACUUUUAUGACGCUACUCUUGGUUAUAACUGACAGAUAUAAAAAUCUUCCCACAGCUUCCAGAAAGCUACAGUUCCUGGAGUUACAGAAGGACUUAGUAGAUGAUUUCAGGAUACGGUUAACUCAGGUGAUGAAAGAAGAGACUAGAGCUUCCCUUGGCUUUCGAUACUGUGCAAUUCUCAAUGCUGUGAACUAUAUCUCAACAGUACUAGCAGACUGGGCUGACAAUGUUUUCUUCCUGCAACUUCAGCAGGCAGCACUGGAGGUCUUUGCAGAGAAUAACACCCUCAGUAAAUUGCAGCUGGGACAGCUGGCCUCUAUGGAGAGUUCUGUCUUUGAUGACAUGAUUAACCUACUGGAGCGUUUAAAGCAUGACAUGUUGACCCGCCAAGUAGACCAUGUUUUUAGAGAAGUUAAAGAUGCUGCAAAAUUGUAUAAAAAAGAAAGACUAUUCCAAAACAUAGAAGAGGAAGGAAAACUUCCAAAUUCAUUCUGAGGCCAGCAUGACCCUGAUUUCAAAACUAGACCAAGACUCCACAGCAAAAGAGAACUGCAGGCCAGUAUCCCUGAUGAACAUGGGUACAGAAAUCCUCAACAAGAUACUAGCAAACCAAAUCCAACAAUACAUUAAAAGAAUCAUUCACCAUGAUCAAGUGAGAUUUAUUCCUGGAUUGCAAGGGUAGUUCAGUAUCACAAAUCAAUCAGUAUGAUACAUCACAUCAACAUAAGAGAAAGGAGGAUAAUGUGAUUAUUUCAAUAGAUGGCAGAAAAAGCAUUUGACAAAGUACAACAUUCAUUCAUGACAACAAAUCCUCGACAAAGUAGGUUUAAAGGGAACAUAUCUCAACAUAAUAAAGGCCAUGUGUGAAAAACUGGCCUGGCCAUGUGUGAAAAGCUGAUAUCAUCCUCAGUGGGAAAAGCUGAGUGCCUGUCACUUAAGGUCAGGAACAGGACAAGGUUGUCCACUCUCACCAUCACAUUCAACCCAGGACUGAAGUCCUAGCUACAGCAAUCAGAUAACAAAAAGAAAGAAAAGGCAUCCAGAUCAGUAAGGAGGAAGUCAAACUUUCACUGUUUGCAGAUGACAUGAUACCAUAUAUAGAAAAUCCAAAAGAAUCCACCAAAAAACUGCUAGAACUGAUGAAUGAAUUCAGCAAAGUCACAGUGUACACAACGUACAGAAACCUGUUACAUCUCAGCCAAAAAAGAAAUUAAGAAAACAGUCCCAUUUACAACUGCACCAAAAACAGUAAGAUACCCAGGAAUAAAACUAACCAAAGAAGUGAAAGAACUAUACUCAGAAAACUACAAAACACUGAUGAAAGAAACUGAAGAUGACACACAGAAAUGGGAAGACAUUCCAUGCUCAUGGACUGGGAGAAAAAAUAUUGUUAAUAUGCCUACAUUACCCAAAGCAACCUACACAUUUAAUGCAAUCCCUAUCAAAAUACCAGCAACAUGUUUCACAGAAGUAGGACAAACAGUUCUCAAACGUGGAUGAAACUACAAAAGAUCCCAAAUAGCCAAAGCGAUCUUGAAAAAGAAAAGCAAGCUGAGACAUCACAAUUCUGGACUUCCAAGUUCUAUUACAAGUCUGUAGGAUCAAAACAGUAUGGUACUGGCACAAAAAUAGACACAUAGAUCAAAAGAACAGAAUAGAAAACCCAGAAUAAACCUACAACUAUUUGGUCAAUUAAUCUCUGACAAAGCAGGAAAGAGUAUCUAAAGGGAAAAGGACUGUCUCUUCAACAAAUGGUGCUGGGAAAACCGGACAGCUGCAUGCAAAAGAAUGAAACUGGGCCACUUUCUUACACCAUACACAAAAAUAAAUUCAUAAUAGAUUAAGGACCUAAAUGUGAGACCCGAAACCGUAAAAAUCUUAGAAAAGAAUAUAGGCAGUAAUUUCUCUGACAUUGAUCAUAGCAACUUUUUUCUAGAUAGGUCCCCUGAGGCAAGGGAAACAAAAGCAAACAACAACAAAAAACAAAAA